AUGCCGACUAAUGAAGAAGUACCAUUUGCUCAAACCUCAGGUACACCAGCUGCUCAAUCGCAGAACCUAGAGCUUGUUCAUCACAAUCAUCCGCUAUACAUUCAUCCUUCAGACACUCAAGGAACCUAUAGAAAGGAGGUGUAUGAUGUUAGUCUACAUGAAGUAUGGGAUAGGUGUAAUGCAAUUGUGUUAGCAUGGAUAAUGAACACAGUUUCUCCAAGUCUAAUUAGCUCAAUGAUAUAUGCUUCUAAUGCAUAUAAAGUGUGGGAAGACUUAAAAGAGAGGUUUGACAAAGUGAAUGCAUCUAGAGCCUGCUAUUUGCAUAAGGAAAUUGUCACACUUGUUCAGGGAAUAUCUUUAGUAUCUGUAUAUUUUUCGAGACUACGUGAACUGUGGGAUGAAUAUGAAACUCUGGAUCCUCCACCCUCUUGUAGAUGCCCUGAGUCUAGGCAACAUGCUGAACAUUAUCAAGUGCAAAAAUUGUAUCAAUUUCUGUAUGGUUUAAAUGAGUCUUAUGAGAAUGCAAAGAAUCAGGUUCUCAUAAUUAGACCACUGCCAAACAUAAACCAAGCUUAUGCUAUGAUUUUUAAUGUUGAGAGCCAAAGAAAAACAGGUGGAGGGAAUGCUAGUGGUGUUGGUGCUGAAAUUGGAGAACCUGCUACGCUCUUAAGCAAUAGAAGAGCAAGUGGAGUGUCACGAUCCCAAACCACCCCGGCCGUGAUGGCGCCUAUCGCAGUACUAGGCUAG